AUGUUUUAUAUUCUAUCCGAUAGAUUAACGGUGUCGCAUAACAAAGUUACUCUCAAGAAACAUCUUAAUCUUGCUAUAAUCUUCAAUUCCGACACUUUUAAGAUCCUUCAGGAAGAAGUCAUCAGGAAGAACUAUGGAGGCAUUGUGCCAAAAAAACCCCUACUCAUUUCCAAGGAGAACAAGAGAGUGACUGGAAUAGACAAGUUUUUGACAACACAAACAACUGCUAUGCUACAGGAAGGGCAUAUGAAAAUUUCACACUUAAUAUUUCAUUCUUCCCUGUUGCACAUUCUUCCAAUCACACGCAUCAGGAGACAUCUUACUUCUACAAAUGCAUCUUCCCAUGUGAUCACUAAAGAACCGAAGGAAAACUCAAUGUGUUUGGACAGCACCUGGAAUAGCAUUCAGCUUUCCUAG